GCCUUGUGAACAACAGCAACUCUAGUGCAGACCGCCUCGUCCAAGUACGAUCCUGACAUCAAGCUGCUGAAUUCUCUUUGAGAAUUGGGAUUGCUGUGGCGUUGAAAAUUGUGUAUCAGUACCUGCUAUAAAAGGGAACGUGGCUUCAGCAGAGAACUCGGAGUGGGGACUGGUUCCUAUCAACAUGGCUCCUGACCAGGAAAAGAAAGAGUUGAAAGAACCGCAGCUAGAAUCUGGCGCUUCGAACAUUCAUUUGAGGUACAGCACUAUCACUCCGCCAGCAUCUCCUGAUCCAACUGAGGAGAACUCACAAACCUAUCUAGAUGAGAAGAUCCCAAUCCCAGAUGAUAGCUCGACUCGAUUUAGCUUUCGGAAGCUCUGGGCCUUCACUGGACCUGGCUUUCUGAUGAGUAUUGCGUAUCUGGAUCCAGGAAACAUUGAAUCUGACCUUCAGUCUGGGGCUGUGGCAGGAUUUAAGCUGCUUUGGAUCCUGCUGACAGCUACCAUUAUAGGACUGCUGCUGCAGCGACUGGCUGCACGUUUAGGAGUGGUAACUGGGAUGCAUCUUGCUGAGGUCUGCCACAGGCAGUAUCCUAAGUUCCCUCGAAUUGUUUUGUGGUUGAUGGUGGAGCUGGCGAUCAUUGGCUCGGACAUGCAGGAAGUGAUUGGAUCAGCCAUAGCUAUUAACCUGCUGACUGUUGGAAGGAUUCCCCUGUGGGGCGGAGUAUUAAUAACUAUUGUAGACACGUUUGUGUUCCUGUUUUUGGACAAAUAUGGUUUGCGAAAACUGGAAGCUUUCUUUGGCUUCCUCAUUACAGUUAUGGCAGUUACGUUUGGAUAUGAGUAUGUGACUGUACACCCAGACCAGGGACAGCUGUUGAAGGGCAUGUUUGUUCCCUUCUGUGCAGGCUGUGGAACCCGUCAGUUGGAGCAAGCAGUUGGCAUUGUUGGAGCUGUAAUUAUGCCCCACAACAUCUACCUACAUUCUGCUUUGGUCAAGUCCAGGGAAGUAAACCGAGCCAAUAAGAAUGAAGUGAAGGAGGCGAAUCGUUACUUUUUUAUCGAAGCCUGCAUGGCUCUGUUUGUUUCAUUCCUCAUCAACGUCUUUGUGGUCUCUGUGUUUGCGCAGGCGUUUUAUGGAAAGACCAAUGCACAAGUGCACAAUGAUUGUUUCAACCAGAGUGGUCCAUAUUCCAAUCUCUUUCCUCUGAACAAUCAGACUUUCGACGUUAAUAUCUACAAAGGGGGCGUUGUGUUGGGCUGUUACUUUGGUGCUGCUGCUCUCUACAUCUGGGCCAUUGGCAUCCUGGCUGCAGGUCAGAGUUCGACCAUGACCGGAACAUACUCUGGACAGUUUGUCAUGGAGGGCUUCCUGAACUUGAAGUGGUCCCGCUUUGCUCGUGUUCUCUUCACUCGAUCCAUUGCCAUCACACCAACUCUGCUGGUGGCAUUGUUUCAAGAUGUGGAACAUCUGACAGGAAUGAAUGACUUUCUGAAUGUUCUUCAAAGCAUGCAGUUGCCAUUUGCAUUGAUCCCAAUAUUGACGUUUACAAGUAUGGACUCAGUCAUGCAUGACUUCGCCAAUGGUCUGGCAUGGAAGAUUGCUGGUGGAAUCAUUGUCUUUAUCAUCUGUGCCAUUAAUAUGUAUUUUGUGAUUGUUUAUGUUUCGAGUUUGGGGCAUGUGGCACUUUACCUGAUUGCAGCCUUCAUUUCAGUUGCAUACUUGAGUUUUGUUGCUUACCUGGCCUGGUACUGCGCAGUCUCACUGGGGGUCUCCUUUCUGAACUGUGGACGCACGGCAACUCCUGAAGACACCAACUGGUUUCAGAACGCCUAUGGAACUCUCUCUGCUGAGUGAUAUGGACAACCACACGUGAAUCCCAUGGUGAUCUCAAGCUGACAGUGUCAGAAGGUUAAGAUGAAUCCCAUUCUAUGCUGCAGUCAUUAUUAUUAACAUCCCAAGACUAUAUUCACUGUUCAAGCGCAGGGGAACACCAAGGCAGAGAAUCUGUUUUUAAAUACCAGGAACAAUCAACAUUUCUUGCUGACAGAGAAUCCGGGUGGCACUUGUAUCAAAACUGCCCUUAGGCAAUCAUGUAAUGCAUUGAUUCGCAAGAUCAUGACCUGUGCAGAAUAGGAAAUAGUGCAGCAUUUUCUGGCGGUAUGGGGAAGGAUGCUUCCAGUUUUUCAGUUCCAAGGUAUGAAUCUCCACAAGGAUUGACCGGAGUUUCCUGGAUUGACUUGGAACCAUCUAGGCUGUUCAUGUACGGUGAAAUGUACACAAUGCCAUUCUGAAGCCUUAUAAAUAUAUUUGGACAGUAUUUGGAUCUGUAUUUGGACAGUAGAACAUAGAUGAAUUCCUAACAUUUAUGCAGUGUUGCAUUUGUUUUUGUCUGUGGAUAAAUGGGAAUUUGUAUAGACCUUUGGGUUGUAUCAGUGAAGCAAAUAGCAAGCCAAACAUAUUCACAGACUUUCUAAGGGUGUCUGAAAAUGUACAGGCGGGGCAUUGUGGGUUGGGAUGCAGGUUGAGCAUAUGGGAGAAAUUAUAUUUCAUGUCUCACAAAUCAUUUCCCCCAUGGUGACAUCUAACUGCACAGUGCAAUCUAACUGUCAUUGGUAGAUCGCCAGUGACACAUUGGACAAAGGCAGCAUUGUUCAUAAUAGAGUGAGAACUCGCCUGUAGCCAGUUGGCAGACUCACUGUUCCCAAUCUGUCUAUGGCUUCUUGCCUACCUACCAUGGCUGUCCUUUGUUUUUCUGACUCUCUCUCUUCUGGGAAAGCAAAAAGGGAGGGAAUGAAGUCCAGAGGCAGGCUAUCUUACCAUCUGAUUCCUCCUGCAUGACUAAAAAAAAAAAUCCAUGAAAUCUAGAAGAUGAAUAGCUUCAAAACACUGGGGUUAAAUUAAGGAAGUUGUUGAGCCCAUCAUCCCAGAAACAGUAUCUCUUCUCACAAAAUCCAAUGUACCCCUUGGUUAGGUGCAUCCUUACCAUGAAGUACACAUGGCCUUCCUAUUUAUACUUCCAAUAUGUAAGACUCUGCACUUUUCAGAAUAAAGAUAAUUUUCCACAUCAAAGCAUAUAGACUGAGACUGCAACUCAUUCAUGUACAUCAGCAGAAAGAGCCCUGCAAGUGAACCUCUGGGGCAGCCCGAUCAGCAUCCAGCCCCAUCCACUGCUACCGUUAUAAUAGCAUUGUUCCUUCACUUCAGCUUACGCCAUACUCUAACUAUUGUCAAACCUCAUCAUUGAAGACAGGACCAGCACACCUACGUUAUCAAACGCCAUUUAAAUGUACACUUUAUCGGAGUGCUACCCUUCUACCAUGUGGAACAAUACCCAAAUUGUGAUCUCUGCAAUAUCUCCGACAGUCUACCCCUCUAAGGUUGUAAUAAUUAUCAUUUAUCAGGUAAUUUCCUCGUGGGUCCCUAGUUCCCGGGUCUAAUUUUCCGACGAGUCUGUCAUUUUAAGGUGUGGCUUCUCAAUCAGUUUGUAGUUCCUGGAUUUGACUGUCCAAUCAGUCUGUGAUUCUUUGCUGAGCCUUUCCAAUGUGUCAAUAGUUAGGGAUGGGGAUAAGAAAUUUUGGCCUAUAUCCAAUGAAAUAAAAGAAAAACAGGUCUGCAGUUCCUAAGCGUGACCAUCCACUUUAUUUCACCUGGCAGUGACCUAUUUUUCAUAAUCACACUGUCUGCCCAUCGUAUCACAGAAUGAUACAUCACAAAAGGAAGCCACUGGGCCCACUGUACAUGUGCCAGCUGUCUGUAAGCUAUUCAAUGAGUACCA